ACGACUUCCUUGGAUGUGGGGCAAACGCGCCGACAGUUCGGACGUGGGUCUGGCUGAUUUUGCUUCCUUUUAUUGCAUUUUAGUCCUAAUUAAAAAGCUUUGGGUUUACCAUCACCCUAGCCCGCUUUCCUCUCUCUCUCUCCCGCGUUGGUCCGAGCCCUUGGCCCGAUCGGCUGAGGGGGUGUCCGGGCCCACACACCCGAACCCGGCUCCUUCGAAGGCCCCUCCGGGCCGCCGCCCCCCUCCCCGGCCCCUGCCCCUCCCCUUUGCCCCCACCCAACCGCCGCUGCUUCGGGCUUCUGGUCUCAAAAACAACAGCGGCAGCGCCGCCAGCUCCGCGCUCUGCCACUGCCCGGGCCGCGGGCGGGACUCGGACCCGCCGCCCUCGGUCCCGCGCGGAGCUGCGGGGAGCAACUCGCCGGGCACCAGGGAGGCAUCGCGGGGACAGCUGUCCGCACACCCGGCGUCCCCGCACCUCUCCGCCCUGGGGGCAACCCGCGUACUCCUGCCUCUGCGGCCCCCAGGUGAGUGUUGCCCGCGGCAGCAGCACUGAGCGUCCGGGCACCCCAGCCCCAGUGCCCGCCCGUCCUUCCGAGGGCCUCUCGCCCUCCUCCCUCCCCAAACACUCUGACUGCCUUUCCCCGUGGGCUGAGCGCAGUACUGCUGGGCUCAGAGGGUCCCUGGGCCUUGCUACUUGGCUCUCCAGGACUCGGUGGGGAGUGUGCCCACAGGGGCACUAGGGCAUUGCUGCUGGCCCUAGCCAGCUGAGAGCCCACUCCUGCCCACUCCCAGGGUGGUCACUGACAGAGGCAGGCGGCAAGGGAGCCGGAACCCCGGAGCUCUAGAACUGCCCACCUAACUCAGCCAAGGCAGGCUUCGCCGGUGGACCUAACUGGCUAGAGCUGCUGGCCAGAGAGAACACGGGGUCACCUUCAUAUCUUGGCACUCCAGGACCCCUUGUAGGGAACCUCCCAGUGAGGUUGUGUAUGAGGCCUGGGAGAAUACGGGGUGCCUGUGAAGCCUCCCACCUGCAGAGUAGGUCCCCUCCCGACCCCUGAGCCCAGACCAGCACUGGCUCCCCUGCCCUGGAAGCAGCCAGUGACCCCAAGGCUGGGAGGGCCCAGACUUGUCCUGGGGCACCCCAGCUCAUCAGGCCCUCUCUCUGCUCCCUUCCUCAGCUCAGGAGGCGAUUAAAAUCCUCAGAGCCCUGGCCAGGCUGGGCCUGGACAUCCUGUAGAUUCUGGAACCGCACCCUGCCAGGGCCUGGGGAAGGAGGGCAGGA